AUGUCGGCUUACGACCACUCAAAAGCUUCGCAAUACAUAGGCGGUAAUUCUGUAGACAAGGCGCCUGCGGGACGUGUUUGUGACUUUGUUAAGGCUAAUGGAGGCCAUACUGUCAUCACGAAGGUGCUAAUCAGUUAUAAAGGUAUCGCGGCCGUGAAAGAGAUUCGCUCAAUUCGACAAUGGAGCUACGAGACUUUUGGAACAGAGCGUGCUGUGGAAUUUACUGUGAUGGCAACGCCCGAGGAUCUUAAAGUGAACGCUGAGUACAUCCGAAUGGCAGACCAAUACAUAGAAGUUCCGGGAGGAUCGAACAACAACAAUUAUGCCAACGUCGAUUUGAUCGUGGAUGUCGCAGAACGUGCAGGUGUGCACGCUGUCUGGGCUGGGUGGGGUCAUGCCUCGGAGAACCCACGUCUGCCAGAAAGUCUGUCUGCUAGCAAGACCAAGAUCGUGUUUAUCGGGCCUCCUGGUAGUGCGAUGAGGAGUUUGGGAGAUAAAAUCUCAAGCACAAUCGUCGCUCAGAGUGCAGAUGUCCCUACCAUGGCGUGGUCGGGCACUGGUAUUUCGGACACAGUGCUAUCAGAGCAAGGUUUCGUUACCGUGCCUGACAAAGCGUACCAUGAUGCUUGCGUUACCAGUGUCGAAGAAGGCUUGAAGAAGGCUGAGCAGAUUGGUUGGCCAGUGAUGAUAAAAGCUAGUGAAGGUGGUGGAGGGAAGGGUAUUCGUAAAGUUGAAGAACCAGACGCAUUCAAGAAUGCUUAUCACGCCGUCGCAGGAGAGAUUCCCGGAUCACCAAUAUUCAUCAUGAAACUUGCCGGUCAAGCUCGUCACUUAGAGGUCCAGCUACUCGCAGAUCAAUAUGGCAAUGCCAUUUCGUUGUUCGGACGUGACUGUUCUGUUCAGCGCCGUCACCAGAAGAUUAUUGAGGAGGCUCCAGUGACGAUCGCAAAACAAGAUACGUUUGAGCAGAUGGAACGUGCAGCUGUACGUUUGGCAAAGCUUGUCGGUUAUGUUAGCGCCGGAACUGUAGAAUAUUUGUAUAGUCAUGCCGAAGAUGUGUUUUAUUUCUUGGAACUUAACCCGCGUCUCCAAGUGGAACAUCCCACUACCGAAAUGGUAUCCGGUGUCAACUUGCCAGCUGCCCAACUCCAAAUUGCCAUGGGUAUUCCUUUGCACCGUAUUCGCCAUAUUCGUACGCUGUAUGGUGUUGCCCCCAAUGCUUCCUCUGAAAUCGACUUCGACAUGGUGAAGCCUGAAUCCAACCAGCUUCAGCGCAAGCCAAGGCCAAAAGGACACGUCGUGGCAGUGCGUAUUACUGCUGAGAACCCCGAUGCCGGUUUCAAGCCAUCGUCUGGAUCAUUGCAAGAACUUAAUUUCCGUUCGAGUACUAAUGUCUGGGGUUACUUCUCCGUCGCAACUGCUGGUGGUCUUCACGAGUUCGCUGACUCUCAGUUCGGACAUAUCUUUGCGUAUGGUGAGGAUCGUGGAGAGAGCCGGAAAAACAUGAUCGUAGCGUUGAAGGAACUUAGUAUCCGUGGUGAUUUCAGGACGACGGUGGAAUAUCUUAUCAAGUUAUUGGAACUGGAAGCAUUCAAAGACAACACGAUUACCACAGGCUGGCUUGAUUCUCUGAUUAGCAGCAAGCUAACUGCCGAGAGACCAGAUGCAACUUUGGCUGUCGUUUGCGGUGCUGUCACGAAGGCUCAUCUUGCGUCUGAUGCUUGUCUCAGCGAAUACAAACGUAUAUUGGACAAGGGCCAAGUGCCUGUUCGCGAUCUCUUGAAGACCGUCUUCGGCGUCGACUUCAUCUACGAGAAUGUUCGCUACUCUUUCACCGCCACGCGCUCUUCCAAAACCAUGUGGACCCUCUUCCUCAACGGUGGUAGGACUAUGGUCGGUGCACGCCCUCUUGCGGAUGGUGGAUUACUCGUUCUUCUUGAUGGACGAAGUCACUCCGUUUACUGGAGGGAGGAAGUUGGUGCUCUUCGUUUGAUGGUGGAUGCCAAGACCUGUCUGAUCGAGCAAGAGAACGACCCGACACAGUUGAGGAGUCCUAGUCCUGGAAAGCUGAUCAGGUUCUUCAUUGAUAGUGGAGACCAUAUCAAGGCCGGAGAACAAUAUGCCGAAAUCGAGGUUAUGAAAAUGUACAUGCCCCUAGUGGCGGCUGAAGAUGGUAUUGUUCAAUUUGUCAAGCAACCUGGUGUCAGCCUUGAACCGGGAGAUAUUCUGGGUAUACUCACGCUGGAUGACCCUGCUCGAGUGAAACAUGCCAAACCAUUCGAAGGUUUACUCCCACCUAUGGGCUCCCCAGGUAUCGCUGGGAACAAAGCUUACCAACGUUAUCUUCGUUGCACCGGAGUUUUGAAUGAUAUCCUUGAGGGUUACGAUAACCAAGCUAUUAUGGCUUCGACAUUCAAGGACCUCAUCGAAGUUAUACACGAUCCUGAACUGCCCUAUUCCGAGGUCAAUGCAAUUCUGUCAGCACUCUCUGGUCGCAUGCCUUUCAAGCUAGAAGACGGUAUACGUGCUGCAAUCGAGGGUGCGAAAUCUAAAGGUGAUGGGCACGAAUUCCCCGCUGUCCGGAUCAAGAAAGUGCUCGAGCACUAUGUACAAGAUAAUAUACUAGCGCACGACAGGGCUAUGUUCCGCACUCAACUCUCUGCGUUGUACGACGUUCUUGAAAGGUUCAUGGGUGGCCUUAAGGGACAUGAAGUACACACUCUCGCAACGUUGUUAGCAAACUACGAGAGCACCGAAAAGUUAUUCGGAGGCAGUAUUGAAGCGCGCGUUCUUACCCUCCGAGAGCAGUACAAGGACGAGUUGGAUAAAGUUGCUGGUUUAGUUUUGAGUCACACCAAGGCGCAGAGCAAGUCGAAGUUAGUCCUUGCCCUUCUAGAUUACGUCAAAUCGAGUGGCCUUCCUGUCUCCAACCCCGAAAGCCGCCUGUAUCAAGUACUCAAUGGCCUGGCUGCGCUCGAGUCGAAGUCAUCUACGUCUGUCUCAUUGAAAGCUCGUGAAGUACUCAUUUUGGGUCAGAUGCCUUCAUACGAGGAACGUCUCAUUCAGAUGGAGGCGAUCUUGAAGACUUCGGUGACCUCGAACUUCUAUGGAGAGCAAGGAGGUGCGAAUAGGACCCCAUCUCCUGAAGUUUUGAAGGAACUUAGUGAUUCUCGUUACACUGUAUACGAUGUCCUUCCUGCGUUCUUCAGCCACACUGAUCCUAUGGUUACACUUGCCGCCUUCGAGGUUUAUGUUAGGCGUGCUUAUCGCGCAUAUUCGCUGUUGUCGAUUGAUUAUGAGGAGGGAGAUGGCGUGGACGAUGCUGAGCUUCCUAGUGCCCUGACAUGGAGAUUUAACCUCGGGCAGUCUCAUUCUCCUCCAGCCACGCCUCGUGUGACUGCAGGUGAUCCUCGUCGCCAAGGUUCUGUUAGCGACAUAACCUAUCUAAUCAAUCGUAACCAAACACAGCCAGUGCGAAACGGUGUAAUUGCCUCCUUCUCUGACCUCGAUGCUUUGGCUCAAUGCUUUGAGAAAAUCGCUUCCUUGUUGCCGCUGUUUGAUCCCGAAGAGUUCCGUCAGCGUUAUGGCAAUAAUCAACCACCGAAUGUCAUGAAUUUGGCUCUCCGUGUAUUUGAUGAAGCUGACGACAUGGCGGAAGAAGUCUGGUGCGAGAAGCUAACAGAGUUCGUUAACUGUCGGAACGAUAGCCUCCAACGCCGUGGCGUGCGUCGAGUGACGAUCCUGAUUUGUCGUCGAGGACAAUACCCCCUCUAUUUCACGCUUCGCGAAGACAACGGUGUUUGGGUGGAAGAGCAAGCAAUCCGAAACAUUGAACCUGCUCUUGCUUUCCAAUUGGAGCUCAGUCGUCUGUCGAACUACAAGCUCACCCCCUGCUUUGUUGAAACGAAGCAAAUUCACAUAUACCACUCUGUUGCUCAAGAAAACCAGUUAGACAACCGAUUCUUCAUUCGUGCUCUUGUCCGUCCAGGACGUCUUCGUGGCACUAUGAGCACUGCAGAGUAUCUCGUCUCGGAAACCGAUCGACUGGUCACCAGUGUUCUCGACGCACUUGAGGUAGUCAGCGCGCAGCACCGGAAUGCCGACUGUAACCACAUCUUCAUGAAUUUCGUGUACAACCUUGUGGUAACCUACGAUGACGUCUUGGAAGCUAUCUCUGGAUUCAUUGAGCGUCAUGGUAAACGGCUUUGGCGUUUACAUGUCACUGGUUCCGAAAUUCGCAUUUCGCUGGAGGAUAGUGAUGGUAACGUGACGCCCAUUCGCUGUAUCAUCGAGAACGUAUCUGGUUUCGUUGUCAACUAUCACGGCUACCAAGAGAUUACUACUGACAAGGGUACUACUAUCUUGAAAUCCAUCGGCGAGAAGGGUCCUUUGCAUUUGCAGCCCGUCCAUCUGGCAUAUCCAACAAAGGAGUCUCUUCAGCCCAAACGUUAUCAAGCUCACUUAAUAGGAACGACUUAUGUCUAUGAUUUCCCAGAACUGUUCUCCAAAGCCCUACACAAUGUCUGGAUCAAGGCACGUAAAUACGAUUCUUCGCUGGUUAUACCGAAGAAAAUGUUGGAGUCGAAAGAGCUUGUGCUGGACGAACACGAUCAAAUAACGGAAGUCGAGAGGCCCCCAGGAAACAACGCCUUCGGAAUGGUGGCUUGGGUGUAUAACCUCAAGACUCCUGAAUUCCCUAAAGGUCGUAAAGUUGUGGUGAUCGCUAACGACAUUACAUACAAGAUCGGCUCGUUUGGUCCUGAAGAAGAUCAAUUCUUUUAUCUGGUUACAAAAUAUGCCCGAACGCACGGCUUACCUCGUAUCUAUCUUUCCGCCAACUCAGGUGCACGCAUUGGGCUGGCCGAAGAAACGCUCAGUCUUUUCUCUUGUGCCUGGAAUGAUGAAUCGCAUCCCGAGAAAGGCAUUAGUUAUCUGUAUCUGACCCGUCAAAACUACUUGAAGCUGCAGGAGAAGGGUGCUGGCUCGGUGCGAACGUCAGAAAUUGAUGUUGACGGCGAAACGCAGUACAAAAUAACAGAUAUAAUUGGUUUGCAGGAUGGUCUAGGAGUGGAAUCACUGAGAGGGUCCGGUCUCAUUGCUGGAGAGACAUCCCGUGCUUAUGACGAUAUUUUCACAAUCACCCUCGUCACAGCGCGAUCAGUCGGUAUCGGAGCCUACCUUGUACGUCUUGGAGAACGGGCUGUCCAAGUAGAAGGCCAACCUAUCAUUCUUACUGGUGCUCCCGCCCUCAACAAAGUCCUCGGUCGCGAGGUUUACACAUCUAACUUACAGCUCGGUGGUACCCAAAUCAUGCACAAGAAUGGUGUCUCUCACUUGACAGCCAGUAGCGAUCUGGAAGGUGUAACGCAUAUCCUGGAGUGGAUAUCUUAUGUCCCCGAAAUCAGAGGUGCUCAGUUACCUGUUCGAGAAACACUCGAUCCCUGGGACCGUGAUAUAACUUAUAUGCCCCCGAAGGGUGCAUAUGACCCGCGCUGGUUUAUCGAGGGUAAGACAGAUGAGCACACUUCGGAAUGGCUGUCUGGAUUUUUCGACAAGGGUUCCUUUCAAGAAACACUUAGCGGUUGGGCGCAGACUGUCGUUGUUGGUCGUGCACGUCUAGGUGGCAUCCCCAUGGGUGUCAUAGCUGUUGAAACUCGUACCAUUGAACGUAUUGUUCCUGCCGACCCUGCCAAUCCCGCUUCAUUCGAGCAACAUGUGAUGGAAGCAGGUCAAGUGUGGUAUCCCAACUCGGCAUACAAGACUGCUCAAGCCAUAUUCGACUUCAACCGCGAAGGUCUGCCGUUGAUGAUAUUCGCAAACUGGCGAGGCUUCUCAGGUGGUCAGCAAGAUAUGUAUGACGAAGUGUUGAAGCAGGGUUCGAAAAUUGUCGAUGGUUUAUCCAGCUACAAACAGCCGGUAUUUGUUUAUAUCGUCCCUAAUGGCGAGCUCAGGGGUGGUGCAUGGGUUGUUCUUGAUCCAUCAAUCAACUCGGAACAGAUGGAAAUGCACGCAGAUAUUGAUGCUCGCGCAGGUGUAUUGGAACCUGAAGGUAUCGUGGAGAUCAAAAUGCGUCGUGACAAAAUCUUGACAUUGAUGGAGCGAUUGGAUUCUACGUAUGCGUCGUUAAAGAGCGACAGCAAGGAUGCAAGUAAGACAGCAGAAGAAAGAGCUCUAGCUGCACAAGCACUGGCCGAGCGGGAGACCUUUUUACAGCCCACUUACAAACAGAUUGCCCUUCUAUACGCUGAUCUUCACGAUCGUACAGGUCGCAUGGAAGCUAAAGGUUGUGCUAAACCUGCAGUCUGGAAGCAAGCCCGCCGUAACUUUUACUGGGCUCUUCGCGCCAAACUUGCUCGUUCGACAGCGCUGGCAAAUAUCAAAGAAACAAGCCCAGAGUCUUCAACCGAAUAUCGUGCUAAACUACUCGACUCGCUGAUAUCCCUCGAAGAUCGGUCUGAUAAUCGCAGCGCUGCUCUGGCCCUCGAGAAACUUGAUCUCACUCCUACUCUGGUGAAGCUCAGAGGUGACUACUUAAUGCAUCGCUUCCUCGAGGUUGCCCAGCAAGACCGAAAAGCCACUAUGGAUGGCUUGCUUCGACUGGUCGAUAGUCUAUCGGACGACGAGAGAUCGUCUUUGCAAUCUGCUUUACAAGGCAACAGUCGCUCUCCAGGACCUCCAUCGUAUACCAAUUCCACCAUUUGAACGUCUCAGUCCAUUGAUUCGACUUAUUUGCAUUGACUCCUUGCUCUUCAUGCUAGUCCGGGUUUAUAAUACGACAAUCGUCUUUUGUUUCUUUAAUACUUGUACAUAACAUAACGCAUAGAACGACCGACAUGCUAGACAUAAUGACAUCGCAAUUUCUCAGUAC